AUGGUUAGCUCCAUAAAUGACAUUUUUGUCGGUGAUAUCGAUAUAGAUGGUAAUAUGUUUGAACACGGAGAAAAGUUUAGGGUGCUUAUAUCGCGACGAAUCAAAUGGGCUUGUAAAAGUGUUGGGCUUAAUAACGAAAGAAUUCCUAAAAGGUUUAUAUUUGAUGUGCCGACAGGCAAACGUCCGAGCGAUAGACCGAAGCGAAGGUCGACCAAAGCUCUCAGGUCAUUGGACCUUAGUUACAACAAACUGGAAGAUAUUCCGGUAGAAGCGCUGAGGCAUAUUCGAGGACUCGAAUGGUUAAAUCUCCAUGGAAACUCCAUCAGCCUGCCACCCUCGGACUGGGGAGGCCUGAAGGACAGCCUGACACACCUCUUCCUGGGAGAGAACGACCUGGAGGAGAUAGAUCUGGCGGCGCUGAAACGCCUGACCUCCGCGGGCCUGGACGGCAAUAGGCUGCAGGCGAUCCGAUCGCUACCCAGCUCCCUCCACACCCUCAGCCUCUCCCACAACCACCUCCACAGGGUGCCGCCCAUGUCCGCCCUAACCGCUCUGUCCUGGUUAUACCUCAGGAACAACUUCUUAGCCACUCUGGAAGAGGCGGUUCUACCAUACAGGCCUAUCGACAAGCUCGAUCUCGGCUGGAACUUCCUAACCAGCUUCGACAUGGAACCGAGAAACUCCACAAUAAUAAGAGAUCUGAAUUUAGAACACAAUAGUUUCAAGACUCUGCCAGAAUCCGCCUUCAAGGGCUUCACUAUUGGCAGGAUAUCCCUGUCGAGAAACAAAUUGGAAACGAUAAACGAUAAGGCCUUUAACGAUCUUUCUAAUGUCUUGGAAUAUUUGGACAUUGGAGGAAACAGACUACAGAAAAUACCAAGAGCUUUGAGCACUAUUAAAAAACUUAAGUACUUAUACAUGCCGUCCAAUAAUAUCAGUGAAAUACAAAGCGAUGCACUAAGCAGUUUUUCGGAAACGUUAGGAGCCCUUUCUUUAUCGGGCAACAAAUUGGAAAGUAUACCCAAGCAAGCUUUGAAAAAGUGUAGAAAUUUAGCACACCUCAACUUGGGAUAUAAUUCUAUAAGAGAGGUGAGGGAAGAUGAUUUUUCGGAUUGGGGUGGAAACCUCGACACAUUACUUCUAAUGAAUAAUAGAAUAGUGGAAAUACAGGAGCACGCCUUCAGGCACGCCCCGAGGUUAAGAGAGUUAAGCUUAUCCUUCAAUAAGAUAGCGAGUAUCCAUCCACAAGCAUUCGCUGACAUACGAUUGGAAAGUUUAGAAAUCAGUUUUGGAUUAUACCACGAAGAUUUUCCGGAAGAGUUUUUACUGCCAUUGACUAAUCUUAUGUGGCUAGCCUUAGAUAACAAUAACUUUCGGACGAUAUCAGAUACUGCAUUUCAAAGCCUGACCGCUUUAAGAUAUUUGAAUUUAGAGGGGAAUAGAAUAUCUUAUCUACCACCAAACAUAUUUAUACCUCGAGUUCAUCAAUAUCUUAGAGAUAUAAGAAUAUCUGACAAUCACCUGCAAGAUAUCGAGACCAAUACGUUUGCUGAUUUGGAUGAAUUACAAUUUAUAGUCCUUAUUAGAAACCAAAUAAAAACUGUGUUUACAAGAGCCUUUACCAAUUUGAGGCACAAAGUAAGUAUAUACUUAGGGGAAAACAGAAUAUGGCGCAUCGAGGCCGCAGCCUUUGAUGGAAUUACGAAUUUCUUAAAACUUGAUUUGCAAUCAAAUGAUCUCCAUGAACUCAAUCUAGACAUCUUCUCUAAUUCCACAUGUGAAGAGUUCCCUCUCACACUCAAUUUGUCAAGAAACUUUCUCAAUUCAAUAGAAACUGGCGAUCAAACGAACUCACUUCACAUAAAGAGCGUAGAUCUAACUUAUAAUUCUCUGAAUGAAAUACCAUCCGACUUUUUUGGCAUAAUAAAAACCAGUAUUCGGAGAAUUGAUAUAGGCUUCAAUCGCAUAAGCAAACUGGGCGAAGAGGCAUUCGGCCCUCUACUUCAACUUGAAUCUUUGGUCCUUGAACACAAUGAGAUAGUUAAACUAAGAAAAAGAGCAUUUGCUGGUCUUCAAAAUUUACAAAUUUUAGAUUUGUCUCACAACCACAUAGAACAACUACACAUGGAGCAGUUUAAACAUCUAGUAAAUAUGAGGAUAUUGGAUCUGUCUUGCAACCACUUGAGAUCAAUACCCAGGGACGCCUUCAUCAACACAAAACUGGAAAGGAUUGAUCUUUCCAAUAAUGAGUUUUUAGUGAUGCCUUCUGCUUCUCUGGGUGAGAUAGGUUUCACCUUGAGGGUGCUGGAUGCAUCAAACAAUCAGAUCGAGCACCUGGACAGCACCAUGUUCCCAGAGACUCCGUUAUUGACGAGCCUCAGCUUGGCGAACAACAGGAUAACGCUGGUUCCAGACAACGUGUUCACCAGCCUAAGUAGCCUGCUGAGGCUGGAUCUUUCAGGUAACAAGAUCCGAGCCAACCUGAAGGAGUUGUUCCAUUACCUGCAGAACCUAAGGGAACUCAACCUGGCGAGCACCGGGAUCUCCCACCUCCCAGUCCUUCCCCUCCCCAACCUGGCAGUCCUCAAUGUCUCGUAUAAUCCAAUAUCCGACUUCCCCAUCGACACCGCCUCGGCUCUGCCCAGGCUCAGGACGCUUACCAUAAGCCAUUGUAACUUUUACAAGCUGCCAUCCGAUUCUUGGCCUAAGCUAACUUUAUUGAAGCAUCUGGAUGUCUCUUACAAUCCAAUCAAGAAACCUAACACUAACUUUAUUGUGUCUUCGUCAUCCCUCAAAAUGUUUGCUAUUGGUGGUGUAAGUCCUGAACGAUUUAGACUCGACACGUAA